GGCACUGCCGAAUUAGCAUCGUGCCGAGGCACAACUUUGCCGCGGCCCCAGCGAGAUCCAGGCGCGCGCGCCGGAGGAAAUAUAGUCCCUGCCAGCGGUCAGCUGGAGCGGGCGGCGGCAGGGCGCGCGCUGGGGGGCUGCGCGGGGCUCCCGGCGCCGGGGGGCCAUGCGCCGGGCGGCGCAGGCAGCCCGGGCACCCGGCGCAACUUAGCGGCAGCCGGAAGAGUUGGGCGCCAGCUCGCCUUUCUUUCCCCGCGUCAGCCCCCUUUUCUGUCGGUGCUGCAGGAAGGAACUAGUGUCCCCCAGUGCCGGGACGUUGAAUCCGAGCUCUCCCGGUCUGGUCCCGGUCGAGCAGCACAACUUCCCGCGAGCUCGGGCCAAAGUGAGCGCAAAGUGCUGCCCAAGUUGCGGCGAUGGAGCUGCAAAGCCGGUCUGAGGCGCUCGCGGUGGAACUUGCGCGCCACCAGAACGGCGACCUCAAGAAGCAGCUCCACGAAAGGCAGCCCCGGAUCGCAGCGCUCAGCGACAAACAAGCUUUGGGUACCACCACUGCAGUGCCUGUCAUAGGUCCUCAGGUCAGCUCCCUGCAGAGGUUGGCCGGGCAAGGAGCAGCAGUGCUACCUCAGGUUAGGCCAAAGACUCUGAUUCCAGACAGCCUCCCUGUCACCCCGGGCAGGGACCGGCCACCCAAGCAGCCCCCAACAUUCCAAAAGGCCACUGUGGUCAGCAUCAAGAACCCCAGUCCAGCCCUCCCCACUGCCAACAACACCGUCAACCAUGUGCCAACACCCAGCAGCCAGGCCCAGGCCCUCACCGAGCCCACCACCAUCACCUCACCCCUGAGCAGUGCUGGGGUGGCCUAUGCCAUCAUCUCCACCUCUCCCAGCAAUGCUGCCACCAUCACCCCUAGCACCACUGUGCCCGUGGCCAGCGACAGCAUCAAAGUGCAGCCCCUCCUCAUCAGUGCCGAUAAAAAGGUCAUCAUCAUUCAACCUCAAGUGCAGACACAGCCCGAGAGUUCAGCAGAGCCCCGGCCACCCACGGAGGAGCCAUCUCAGGGAGCUCAGGCCACCAAGGAAGAUCAACCCCCCAGCCAGGAGAAUCCAGAGAAAAUUGCCUUCAUGGUAGCUCUAGGCCUGGUCACAACAGAACACCUGGAAGAAAUCCAGAGCAAGCGUCAGGAGCGAAAGAGGAGGAGCACGGCUAACCCGGCCUAUAGCGGCUUCCUGGAGACCGAGAGGAAGCGGCUGGCCUCCAGCUAUCUCCACAACCCCCUGUUCCUCACAGCACGAGCCAAUGAGGACCCCUGCUGGAAGAGCGAAAUCACCCAUGAUGAAUUCUGUGCUGCCUGCAAGCAAGGAGCUAGCCUACAGCCCUGUGGCACCUGUUCAGGGGCCUACCACCUCAGCUGCCUGGACCCGCCCCUCAAGACGGCGCCCAAGGGCGUGUGGGUCUGCCCCAAGUGCCAGCGGAAGGCCUUAAAGAAAGAUGAGGGUGUACCCUGGACCGGGAUGCUGGCCAUCGUGCACUCCUACGUCACCCACAAGACAGUGAAAGAAGAAGAGAAGCAGAAACUGCUGCAGCGUGGCAGCGAGCUACAGACUGAGCACCAGCAGCUGGAGGAGCGGGACCGACAGCUGGCCUCAGCUGUGAAGAAAUGCCUGGAGCUGAAGACAAGCCUCCUGGCCCGCCAAAGGGGCACACAGUCAUCACUGGACCGCAUCCGGGCCCUACUAAGACUGAUCCAGGGUGAGCAGAUGCUUCAGGUCGCUAUGGCAACUACCAGCCCCACCCCGCUUCUGACUGGGACCUGGACCAAGCCUUCCACUACCACCAUGCGCACUGCCCUCCAGCACCCCCAGAGCCACAACUGACCACAGGGACCUGUAUAAUACUCACAGAAAGUUACUGGGACUUUGCUCUCAAGACCUGAGAAAAUCUGUCAGCCUUAAUUCAUAAACUCUAUGAAUUUUAGACAGAAAAUAAACUAGACAGAGUGACAGAGAAAAAAGGAGUGAGCUGAGCAUCCCAGAGCCAGAACUGGCAUGAGGUGGAUCCCUAUACCAGUUGCAGGGGACCACCUGAGGGCCAGGUGAGGAUGUCUCUGACCAAGGCACAGGCAGCUGUCACCAUGAGCUGGUUAGUGGGGUGGCAGAGUGAGCCUCUGGUGUGAGAGAGGGUAACUAACCUAGGUAGAUCUCCAGCGGCCCUGGGACUGCCUGUGCCCUGCUGGCUCCUAGUCCAUCAGUGUUACUAUGUCGAAACUCAGUCAUUUAACUGGACAAGUGACAAGCCAGUUUCUCCUGAGGUCACUGCUGCAUGGGCUGCUCAGCCUGGCCUCUGCCUCAUUCUUCCCUAACUCAUGCUCUUGCCGCAGCCCACCUCUUCCUAUUGCCAAUCUCUGGAAUUUUCCUCAUGGAGUUCUGGGCUAGACAGAGCAGCCAGCCACCAUGGGAGGCCCCUGGCAGGUUUCACCUCAUGAUGGAAGCCUUUAGAGCACUCUCCUUUGCAGGAGCCACCAAGCAUCCUGCUCACUUCUUGCCAGUUAAAGACACUAUGCCAAAAAGAGCUUCACACUUUUUGUAUAGCGUUUUUUUGUUGUUGUUGUUGUACGAUCCGUAAUGUGAACUGCGCCCCUGCCUGCCUUCUUCUGCAUCUGGUAGUCUGCUCCAAUACCGGAAUGGUAACCUCUCUUGAGAGGGCUCAGAUGGAGCACCCAGAGGGAUUUGGAGAUCCAGCGGGGAGGCAGAGAGGUUGGUGCACUUGGGGGCCUGGCCUUUGGAGACUCCAGAGCCCUCCUCCUCAAUGCUGUCUCCUCAUUUGCAGGGAGUGAGGGUCCCUAGGUACCCUGGGGGUUCCUGCACCUCUGCAAGCCAUGCAGCCCACUUUGCAAGCCCCACCCUGUCCUAUGGGACACAGCACAACCCAUAUGCGAUCAGGAGCACAGAGUUCCCCAAGCAUAUCACAUGGUGCCGAACUGCAGUGAGCACUCGUGCGUGUGUGCCAGGGCCACAGCCACACACCUGUGCCCACAGACACAAGUGCAGAGUGGGAAGGCUGGCUGGGUCCCACCACCAGCUACUGUCCCUCUUGUCAUUUUCACGACUCCGGGAGAAACUGUGCUGUAGGAUACAAAUCUAUUUUAAUACACAUUACACUGGGUUGAACAAGAUUUUUAUAUUCUUUUAUCGAUGAACGACGUGAGCUGUGUGAGGUACACGUCUUUAUAUAUUGGUUACGAGGUGCCGAUUAUGCAUUACCGCACAGCUGGUGACGUAACUGUCUUCAGGUUCUUUUGUUAGCUGGAUUUUCUUCUUGGAUGGAUUGAGUUUGAUUUUGUAAGAAACGUGGGAGGAUGUGGAAGGUUGGACCCAGGAGGGGGAGCUGCUGAUGUGUCUUGAGACUUAGGUUUUUUGGGGGGGGACCAAGGAGGACCGUCCAGUGGAUAGUGGCUAGAGAAAGUGUUUGUCUUAAAUAUGCCAGUGUAGUUUUUCCUUCUGUAUGAUGCAUUAAACCCAAUUUCAAA